AUGAGCCAGGAAUAUUUCUCGCCCAAGGGGAAGGGCGCGUCGAGGCACCACGACGACGCCGAAGAGGAUGACCUCGCUGCGUCCUUUGCCCCGUCUUCGUCUGCGUUUGCGCCGACCCAACCGCGACCCUCGAGAGCUCCGGUGGCGAGUACCACUCCUGCAUACAUGACUGUUGGCAACGGCUCGACAUCUCAGCACGCUGCCCGUUUGCAAGCCAUGCUCGAGCAGGAUAGUGGUUACGGAAGCAUUACUGGUGACGAUGUAAGCCCGUCCCUGUUCGGUCCCAGCACCGCACACACCUGGGACUCUGCCAUCCAUGAAGAAAGGCCAAUACGCCCCCAGGGUUCUGGGUCCUCGUCGGCCCAUGGCGCCGUUGCCGAGAAUCGUUCCCAGGCUGCAGCUGUCCACCAGCUGUGGUAUAACCAGCAUCGGGCAGUUCUCGGCCGUGCAAUCACCACCGUCGUCGAACUCUUGAGGGAGCUGCAGGAGAAAAACGCAGUAUGGCCCGCACAUUAUCCCUCGGUGCAGCGCGCUGCGCUUGAGGCGCCUCCCUACCCGCCUAUGAGGCCCGGUAUUCGACCUUCCUAUACCAUGUCGGGCGAGUUUCCGAAUUCGUCGUCAUAUUCGAACUCCUCCUAUCCUUUACGACGCUCUAUGACCAUGCCGGAAGACCCUCAGAUUGAGUCCAGUCGGUUCGCCGAAAGCAGAGCGCCUGCCGAACCUCGCCUUGUCACACCCCAGAUCGCCCAAGAGUUCUCAGUGCUCAAGCUGGAUUUGAAGCUUGGCGCGUUGCACCAGGCUGAGCUGGUUCACUCGCUGGAGAAGAGUUCGAUUGCUUCGCUGCUCGAUGGCCGGAUUCAGUCUAGUAUCAGGCAUCUGCAAUCGCUCCGUGAGCGUAUUGAGGAUACGUCUAGCAAAGUUUUGGUUACAGGUGAUCUCAAUGCUGGCAAGUCGACGUUCUGCAACGCUCUGCUGCGGCGCAAGAUCCUGCCGGAGGACCAACAGCCCUGCACCAGUAUCUUCUGCGAGGUUCUGGACGCGCGCGAAAACUGUGGUAUCGAAGAGGUCCAUGCAGUUCACAAAGAUGCCAUAUACGACCGGCAUGAUGAAACAACCUACGAUGUUUACCCGCUCAGCGCCCUGGAAAAGCUUGUUGUGGACAACUCAGUCUACAUGCAAUGCAAGAUUUAUGUCAGAGACAUCCGAACUAUCGACGAGUCUCUCCUCAACAAUGGUGUUGUGGACAUUGCUCUCAUCGACGCCCCCGGCCUGAACAUGGACACCACAAAGACCACGGCCAUCUUCGCCCGUCAGGAGGAGAUUGACGUUGUCGUGUUUGUCGUCUCAGCUAGCAAUCACUUCACUCAAACUGCGACGGAGUUUAUCAGGGCAGCAGCUGCAGAGAAAGCCUAUCUCUUCAUCGUGGUGAAUGGAUAUGAUGCCAUUAGGGAUAAGGAGCGCUGCCAGAAGCUGAUCCUGAACCAAAUCAGGACACUGAGUCCGAGCACGUACAAGGAGGCUGGUGAACUGGUCCACUUUGUGUCUAGCGCGGCUAUUCCUACGGCCCCUUCACCUCCUGGCGGCCCAGGUGGCGGCGGAUCGGGCAGUUCAAGCGGUGGUGGCUUUGGCGACGACCCAGGGGAUGAUGACCCGAAGGGUAAGAAAAAGGAGAUGCUGAGGGAUUUCACAGCUCUUGAGCAGUCUCUACGCCGGUUUGUUCUCGAGAGGCGCGCGCGCUCCAAGCUGGCUCCGGCGAAAACGUAUCUCUUGAAUAUUUUGAGUGACCUGCAUGUGUUAGCCACUGUCAACGUAGAAGUCGCUCAAGGAGAGUUUGAUAGGGUGAACAGGGAACUUCAGGAGCUCGAGCCCCAGCUAGAGUCAAGCAAGAAGGCGAGAACGGAGAUCAACGAGAAGAUCGAUCUCACCAUUGAGGAAACAUGCAAGGAAGUCUACGACUACUCUCGCCAGACGAUCAGCUCCACGAUUUCCAAUAUUGGCGACAGCAACCUUGGGAUCCCGUACCCUGGCCUCUUCGGUGCGUUCCAGUAUGCAGACCAGCUUAAGGAGGCAAUGCUUGCUCAAAUCGCGGCUUCAGUCGUUCACUGCGAGGAGCAUGCCCGCACCAAGACCGUCGCUGGUGUCAACAUGAUCAAGCAACUUGGUCUCCUUCACCUCGGCGACGAGUAUGAGAAUCUCAACUUCAAGUCCGACGUCAUGUUCCAGCACAAGAAGCAUGCGCUCGCUCGCCAGGUUGAGAUUGCCACUGAGUUCUGGGACUUUGUUGAUUGGUCCACUCUCCUCCAGAAAGAAGAGAAGGCCGGUAUGGCCAUCACCUUGGCUGGUGUGGUCGGGACCGGCGUUAUUGGCAGCUACGGGGAGCUAAACAUUGCGCUCCGUGUUGCCCAACUGCUUGGCAGUGACAAUCUACGCCGUCUCAUUAUUCCUGGUGCCAUUGCAGCUGUUGUUGCAUUUGGUAUCUAUGUCCUCAAGCAAAUUCCUUAUUCGCUCCCACACCGACUCAGCAGCAAGAUCGCGAGCCAGCUCGAGGCCAUGGAUUACGUCCACUCCAACAGCUCCAGAAUUUCUACCACUGUGCGGAAAGUUCUGCACAUCCCUGCCAACUCGCUGCGUGUCGGCCUGCAGCGCUCUGUCGAGCAACUCGACAACCGCCGGGAUGCCACGCUCAAGGUGCGCAAGGAGAGCCACGAUGCUCUCCGCUUUUUCGGAAACCUCGCCCAGAGGAGCGCAGCCCAGAGGCAGCAGAUUGAGAUGUUGGAUCUCGAUGGUCACCCACCUGCAGCCCAUGGUUUCCACUGA